CCCGGCGCCCCCGGCCCCCAGGGCGGCGUCCCCCGAGCCAGGAUGGACAGGAUGACGGAAGACGCUCUGCCGCCUCAACCUCCUGAACGCAGCUUGGACCAAGCGGAUGAGCAGGACGUCCUGGCCAAGAGGUUGAAGAUGGAAGGGCACGAGGCGAUGGAACGCCUGAAGAUGUUGGCCUUGCUGAAGAGGAAAGACCUCUCGGGCUUGGAGGUGCCUCACGAGCUCCCGGUGAAACAGGACGGGGUGAAAGUCUACGAGGAAAAGCUGAACGGGAGCCUGAGGCCCCAUGGGGAGGGGAGGACUGCGGGGAGGCCGGGCAAGGAGAACAUCAACGACGAGCCGGUGGAUAUGAGUGCCAGGAGAAGUGACCAGGACAGAGGCCGAUUGACCCCCUCCCAAGACAUCAUUGUCCUCUCUGAUAACGAAGCCUCCAGUCCCCGCUCCAGCUCUCGCAUGGAGGAAAGACUCAAAGCAGCAAACUUAGAGAUGUUUAAGGGUAAAAGCAUUGAGGAGAGACAGCAGCUGAUCAAACAGCUGAGGGAUGAGCUCCGACUGGAGGAAGCCAGGCUGGUCUUGCUGAAGAAACUGAGGCAAAGUCAGCUGCAGAAGGAGAACGUGGUACAGAAGACUCCGGUUGUCCAGAACGCGGCGUCUAUUGUCCAACCAUCUCCUGCUCACGUGGGACAGCAGGGACUGUCCAAGCUUCCCUCCAGGCCUGGAGCUCAGGGGGUUGAGCCUCAGAAUUUAAGGACAUUACAGGGUCACAGUGUCAUUAGGUCAGCCACAAACACGACCCUGCCCCACAUGCUGAUGUCCCAGCGUGUGAUCGCUCCAAACCCUGCCCAGCUCCAGGGCCAGAGGGUCCCCCCCAAACCCGGCCUCAUCCGCACGACAACUCCAAGCAUGAAUCCAGCCAUCAACUACCAACCGCAAUCAAGUCCUUCAGUUCCUUGCCAGCGGACAUCCUCUUCAGCCAUCUACAUGAACCUUGCCUCUCACAUCCAACCCGGCACCGUCAACCGGGUCUCCUCCCCCCUCCCCAGCCCCAGU